AUGUCAGUUGUAGGAAUUGAUUUUGGGUCAUUUAAGACAGUAAUCGCACAUGCAUAUGGAGGAAAUGUACAUGUUGUAGUAAAUGAAGUUUCUAAUCGCUCUACACCAUCUAUGGUAUCAUUUGGUUUAAAGAGUCGGUAUCUUGGUGAAUCAGCAAAAACACAGGAAAUAGGCAAUUUUAACCAUACGGUAUCAUGUAUAAAACGUAUAGUUGGACGGAGUUACAUGGAUCCGGAAAUUUGUUCAAUUGAGAAGAACUAUAUACCCGCGACUUUAGUGGAUGUAAAUGGACAUGUUGGAGUUAAUUUUCUUGGAAAAAAUGAGCAGUUUACGUCAGUGCAACUAGCUGCUAUGUACUUAACAAAAAUUAAACAGACUUUUCAAAAAGAGAAUCCAGGAAUUCCAGAUGUUGUUAUAUCAGUUCCACGGUGGUUUACUGAUGUACAACGACGAGGCAUUAUAGAUGCUGCUCAGAUUGCGGGUCUAAAUGUGCUCAGGAUUAUUAAUGAUACAACGGCAGCUGCUCUAAGUUACGGGAUUACUAAAACAGAUCUUCCUGAAGAUAGGCCUCGCAACGUGUGCAUUGUUGAUAUUGGUCAUAGUGAUUAUACAGUAUCAAUCGUAUCUUUUAAAAAGGGCCAGCUUGUUGUUAAAGGAGCAGCAUGUAAUCGAAACUUUGGAGGUCGUGAUUUUGAUAGAAUUCUUACACAACACUUUGCUGUAGAAUUUUUAAAUAAAUAUAAUAUCGAUAUUACAAAGAACCCCAAAACUAAAUAUAGAGUUAUGCUUGCGGUUGAGAAGAUGAAAAAAGUUUUAUCUGCUAAUGCACUUGCACCUAUUAGCGUUGAAUCGUUAAUGAACGAUGUCGAUGUUAGUUGUAUAUUAUCUAGAGAAGAUAUGGAAAAAAUAGCUGCAGAUUUACUUAAUAGUGUUACUAUUCCUUUAAAAGAGGCGUUAGACAAUGCUGGUAUGACUACAGCUGAUAUUGAUUCUGUUGAAAUGAUUGGUGGUUCCACAAGAAUACCAUCUCUUAAAGAAAGAAUUUCUGCAUUCUUUGGAAAACCGCUCUCAUUUACACUUAAUCAGGAUGAAGCUGUUGCGCGCGGUUGUGCAUUUGCAUGUGCUAUUCUAUCUCCUGUUUUUAGAGUACGCGAUUUUUCUAUUCAUGAUUUACUUUCUUAUCCUAUUCAAUUUUCUUGGGAAGGUUCUAAUGAAAUUCCAGAAGAAGAAACUACUGCUGUUGUUUUUCCAAAGAAUAGUCCUGUCCCAUGUACUAAAAUUCUCACUUUCUAUAGAAAAGAGCCUUUUAUUAUUGAAGCUUCAUAUUCGGAUCCAUCUAAUUUGCCAAGAUAUGUUAAUCCAUAUAUAGGGAAAUAUUAUAUCAAAAAUGUUACAUCUAAUGCAAACAAUAGCUUCUCUAUUGUUAAAGUUAAGGUUCGGAUUAAUCUUCAUGGACUUUUAAGUUUCGAGCAUGCAUACAUUGUAGAAGAACAUGAAAUUGAAGAAGUUGCGCCAAAAGACGAGACUGCUGCUAAAAACACGAAAAAUGAAGAGAAUCCUAAUAAUGAUCAACCAGCAGACUCAAUGGAUGUAGAGCAAGAAAAGCCCGAAACACGGAAAGUUAAAAAGUUAUUAAAAAAAGCAGAUCUACCCAUUGUCUCAGAAAAUUUUUGCCUUAACGCUGCUACAUUAAAAAUUUUCAAAGAAAAAGAAGAGGCAAUGAUUUUAGAAGAUAAAAUAGUUGCUAGUACUGAAAAUCAAAAAAAUGCACUAGAGGAAUAUAUUUAUGAAAUGCGUAGUAAACUUAAUGAUGUAUAUGCUGAUUAUGCUAGUAAUGAUGAAAAAACUAAACUUGAGAAAAUGUUAGAUGAUGCAGAGAAUUGGCUAUAUAGUGAAGGUGAAGAUACAACAAAAGCUGUAUAUAUGAGUAAAAUGGAGGAUCUUAUAAAAGCAGCGGCUCCUGUAGUUCAACGUAAAUUUGAUGCAGAUGAAGUUAAGCGCAAAGAACGUAUUGCAAAGGAAGAAAAAGAGGCAGCAGAAAGAGAAGAACGUGAAAGAGCAGAACGUGAAAAAGCAGAAACAGAAGCAGGAAACGAUUUUAAAGAAAACAAUAAUCCUGUUUUUUCACAAAAAGAUAAGCAAAUGCAAGAUAAUUUACAUAUGCCUUCUAUUCAUGACGCUGAAAUGGCAGAUUCUGUUUAA